AAGCUACGCCCGGAUCCCUAUAACAUCGCGCUUUAAUACUGAGUGUAAUCAGUGAAAAAUGAGUGAUGAAUAUCAAUUUAAUUGGUGAAAAAUAGAAAAAAAUGAGUUCUACAUCCAGUCCCCAACAGAAAUCGAAAAGGGCGUCGGAAAGAUGGCGCGGACCAAUGAGUUGGGCAUUCACAUAUAAUCAGCGGCAAAAGUUAAUACGGGUGUUUGAGAAAAAUACAUUUCCUAAUAAAAGUGAAAUGGAACAACUAGCCUGGGAGAUGAAUGUAUCAUUCCACAAAAAUUAAUUUAUGGUUCCGCAAUAUUAGAAAAAUAAUCAGAUCUAGACCUAUGCCGUUUUGUGAUCGUCUGAGAAUAAAGUGCCGCCAGAGAUUUAUGGAUGAUCAGCGGAAUGAGUUAGUACGCAUGUUUGAGGAAAAUCCACAUCCUAGUAGAAAUAAAAUAGAAGAACUAUCACAGAAGAUGAAAAUACCAUUCCGUCAUAUUAAAUUAUGGUUCCACCAUAUUAGAACAACUAUCAGAUCUAGGCCUUCAUCGAUGCUUAAUCAUCAGCAAAUGACAUUGCCAAAUAUUGGCUUAAAAUUUUCGGAUAACCAACGGGCUGAGUUAAUACAGAUGUUUGAGAAAAAUCCGUAUCCUGAAAUAGAAGAAAUGAAAGAACUAGCCAAGAAGAUGGAAGUGUCAACCUAUAUUAUUAAAUUAUGGUAUUGUCGUCUGAGAAAAGAGAUUGUCUUUAUAAGGUCUUCGAUGCUUGAACAGAUGCUAAUUAAAGUUAUAACCAGAUCCAAGAGGAUGUGGCGAACGAGGCCUGUCGCCUCAUGUAAAAAAUUCGAAGAGAUUUAA